GUCGACCGAUUACUUGAGCAUGACGCCGUGGAUGCCAGCUCACGAACCGAAGAUGGCGAGACACCGUUACACAUUGCCGCAUCUGGAGGCCACGACACCGUGGUCGAUCGACUCCUUAAGCGAGGUAUUGAUGUCAAUUCGAAGGAUCAAAGAGGACAGACCCCACUACAUAAGGCCGCAGCCGUGGGCGACGAAGGGGUAGUACAGCUACUGCUUAAGCAGGCCAGUAUCGACUUUGACCUGAAGGACAACGAUGGUCGAACGCCGCUAGCGCUAGCGGUACGAUUCCGUCCAGAAGUGGUCAAGCUGUUGCUUAAGUUAGAUGACGUCCAUAUCGACUCGCGAGAU